GUAACUGGUUGAUUCUUGACAAUAAAGCUGAGAUACGUACAACUACUUACUCGCUCCUAGUAUGAUAGGAACUGUUUCCUGGAGCUGUGUAUCCUGCAAAGCAAGCGAGGAAAGUACUCAGGAGCUUAUUUUUGUUCUUCAUGGCCCAGGUGCAGCUGUGGAGGGAACCUUCUCUUACAUCACCGCCGCGAAACGUCGGGUUGCGAUAUAUACAUUAUGCAAAUACUGCCAUCACGGGCUUUCUCAGGAGCUACAGCUAAGUCGAAUCCUCCUGUUAGCCUGCCAAACGACUGCAGAGACCCUAGAGGUAUGGAAAAACCAGGAAUGGAAAAUAUGUUGCACCUGGGCAGAGUAUGUCAGAGUUAUGACAGGCAGCGGAAAGCUCAAGCUUCAUGUAUCUUGUUCUGCUCGCCUUUCUCGUGACACUGGUUUGGUCUGCUUAGACUGACGUGCUUAUCUCGUUCCUUUGUCAUCGCUUUGUACAGUAAACUGCGAAGUUUAUCCAUACUUUCUAUAUUUAAAACUGAAAGAAGCUCUUUCACAGCUCACCGUAUAGUAAGCUGGAUACACUCUGGUCUAUAUACGUU